AUGAGGGCAGUCCAAAGGCGACAGCAAGAACAAAACACAAGUUCAGGACAGGAGAAGAAGGAAGGCAAGAAACCGUUCGUACCGGGCGAGCGGUCGAAGGGCCAGAAGUAUAGAGAUGGCCCGAAGGGGGCUAGGUACGAGAGGUACACCCCGCUGAACACGCCAAGGGCUAGAGUGUUGGAAGAGGCCCUGAAUGCAGAUCUGAUAAGGGCAAGACCCUCCCGGUCAUCACCCAAGGAAGAUGGAACCAAGCAUUGCACCUAUCAUCUAAACAUAGGGCAUAAUACCGAGGACCGCACGGUGUUGAAGGAUAAGGUGGAAGAACUAAUCCGAGCGGGUCAUCUGAGGAAGUUUGUUAAGGAGGAACGAAAGGCGAGAAGUCCGCCCAGGAGGGCUAGGGUGGAGCGAAGUGAUAGGAGAGAGGACAGGCGUCCCGACCGUAGGCGGAGUAGAAGUCGUAGCCAUGAUCGAUCGCUGCGGGGAACGAUAAACACCAUAUCGGGCGGUUUUGCAAGCGGAUCAUCAACGUUCGCGAGGAAGAGAAAUCUGAGGGAGCUUAAAAGCGUCCACAGGGUAGAUGUGAGAAAGCGCUCUAUGCCACCAAUCACGUUUACAGAUGAAGAUUUCCACGCUCCCGAUCCGGAUGAGGAUGACCCGAUGGUAAUAACGGCUGUUAUUGCCCGAUAUAGUGUGGGAAAAGUGUUGGUGGACCAGGACAGCUCUGUUAAUAUUUUGUAUUGGAAAACGUUCCAGCAGAUGGACAUAUCCGAAGAUCUAAUCGCCCCGUACAACGAACAGAUAGUAGGAUUUUCGGGAGAAAGAGUUGAUACGAGAGGAUAUGUGGACCUUAGAACAUGCUGGGAACCGAGCAGAGUAAGGAGGUAA